AUGAUACAUAUGCUAAAUGUAGCAGCUGAUCGAGUGAAAUGGACCCGAUCGAGUGCUGCUAAAAGGGCUGCUUGCCUGGUGGCUGCGGCAUAUACUCUGAAAACACUCUAUCCCAUCAUUGGCAAUCGUUUAAAGCAAUCUGGCCACAGGAAGAAAAAAGAAGCUUAUCCGGCUGGAGAGAACAGAGAAAUACUGCAUUGCACCGAGAUUACUUGUAAAAACCCUUCGCCUGGAGUGAAUGCAGAUUUUUUCAAACAGCUACUAGAACUUCGGAAAAUUCUCUUUCCAAAACUUGUGACCACUGAAACAGGGUGGCUCUGCCUCCACUCAGUUGCUCUAGUCUCAAGAACUUUUCUGUCUAUCUAUGUGGCUGGUCUGGAUGGAAAAAUAGUAAAAAGCAUUGUGGAGAAGAAGCCUCGGACUUUCAUCAUCAAAUUAAUCAAGUGGCUUAUGAUUGCCAUCCCUGCCACCUUUGUCAACAGUGCAAUAAGGUACCUGGAGUGCAAAUUGGCUUUGGCCUUCAGAACUCGCCUAGUAGACCAUGCCUACGAAACCUAUUUUACAAAUCAGACUUAUUAUAAGGUGAUCAAUAUGGAUGGGAGGCUGGCAAACCCUGACCAAUCUCUCACUGAGGAUAUUAUGAUGUUCUCCCAAUCUGUGGCUCACUUGUAUUCCAAUCUGACCAAACCUAUUUUAGAUGUAAUCCUGACCUCCUAUACGCUCAUCCAAACUGCUACAUCCAGAGGUGCGAGCCCAGUUGGGCCAACCCUAUUAGCAGGACUUGUGGUAUAUGCCACUGCUAAAGUGUUGAAAGCCUGCUCUCCCAAAUUUGGUAAAUUGGUGGCUGAAGAAGCUCACAGAAAAGGUUAUUUGCGGUAUGUGCACUCCAGAAUUAUAGCCAAUGUUGAAGAAAUUGCCUUUUACAGAGGACAUAAGGUAGAAAUGAAACAACUGCAGAAAAGUUACAAAGCUUUAGCAGAUCAGAUGAACCUCAUUUUAUCCAAACGUUUGUGGUACAUCAUGAUAGAGCAGUUCUUGAUGAAGUAUGUUUGGAGCAGCAGUGGACUAAUUAUGGUGGCUGUACCUAUUAUCACUGCAACUGGCUUUGCAGAUGGUGAAGAUGGUCAAAAACAAGCUAUGGUUAGUGAACGGACAGAAGCCUUUACCACUGCUCGGAAUUUAUUAGCAUCUGGAGCUGAUGCUAUUGAAAGGAUUAUGUCUUCAUACAAAGAGAUCACAGAAUUAGCAGGCUAUACUGCUCGAGUGUACAAUAUGUUUUGGGUCUUCAAUGAAGUGAAAAGAGACAUUUAUAAAAGAACACCUGUCAUGCAAGAGUCUGAAAACUGUAACAAGAAUGGAGCUAAUAUAGAAUUACCCCUCAGUAACACAUUGGAAAUCAAAGGAAAAGUUAUUGAUGUGGAUCAUGGAAUUAUCUGUGAAAAUGUUCCCAUAAUCACACCAACAGGAGAAGUGGUGGCUUCCAGGCUAAACUUCAAAGUACAAGAAGGAAUGCAUCUUCUGAUAACUGGUCCCAAUGGCUGUGGGAAAAGUUCUCUCUUCAGAAUUUUAAGUGGGCUUUGGCCUGUGUAUGAAGGAGUCCUCUAUAAACCACCUCCCCAACAUAUGUUCUAUAUUCCACAAAGGCCAUACAUGUCUCUCGGAAGCCUUCGAGAUCAGGUCAUUUAUCCUGAUUCAGUGGAUGACAUGCAUGAUAAAGGCCAUACAGACCAUGAUCUGGAAUGCAUCCUACACAAUGUCCACCUUUAUCACAUAGUUCAAAGAGAAGGAGGAUGGGAUGCUGUUAUGGACUGGAAAGAUGUCCUGUCGGGAGGGGAAAAGCAAAGAAUGGGCAUGGCUCGCAUGUUUUAUCACAGACCAAAAUAUGCAUUGCUAGAUGAAUGUACCAGUGCUGUCAGUAUUGAUGUUGAAGGAAAAAUAUUUCAGGCUGCGAAAGGGGCUGGAAUUUCCUUACUGUCUAUAACACACAGGCCUUCUCUUUGGAAAUACCACACUCAUUUAUUACAGUUUGAUGGUGAAGGAGGCUGGCGCUUUGAACAGUUGGAUACCGCAAUCCGUUUAACACUGAGUGAGGAAAAACAAAAGCUAGAAUCUCAGCUAGCUGGAAUUCCCAAAAUGCAGCAGAGACUCAAUGAACUAUGUAAAAUUUUGGGUGAAGAUUCAGUACUGAAAACAAUCAAAGAUGAAGAUUAA